AUGAUCGAUACAAUGAUCAGACAGGAAGAGGCAGCAGGAAGUUUCACCCUCGAGAUACACAGCAUCAAGUCGCAAAACAGUAUAUCGGCUGCACAAGAUAGCCACGAUGACGGCCCAGUUCAAAAAUUUCGAACUCUAUUGCAUGUACCGAGUACCAUCAGAGUGUCGGUUCUUGCCCCAUCAUCCGACAUAACAUGUAUUGGCCCACUUUCCCAAGAUGCCAUCUUGAAGGGUGGCAACAAGAGAUCCUGCAGAGAAGCUACGGUCGAAAUGAGCGCAAUUCCUAUCAGUUCAAAAGAUCUAUGUGCGGACCCUGAACAGAUCGCGCCAACCGACUCAUACAACAUGAUGCUCAGCGUCGAGUUUACCAGCCGUGGGGACGCCAAGGCGCUUUACAAUUAUCUGGGCGUAGAGACCUCAGAUACAUCUACGUACUUGUCCACAAUAUAUGGUAACAUCCUCGAAUGUCCGCGAGAGAGGGCAAUUUUACCACUAAAAGCCUCGGGAAAGCCAGUCGGUAUCGGGUUAGAAGUCAGCAUGUACUGGAAUACCAUGCCCAAAGAAUCGGUGCUCGCACAAUAUAAUCGACAGUUGAAGAGCACGAUUAAGCCUUCUAUUUCCUACCCAACGCCCCCGCUGGACUUGGAACCGCGUUACAAAUUGACAUUUAUCUAUGGCAAGGAGACUCUCAGACGCUCGGAACUCGUAUGCCUACAUUGCUCGAAACGAAAAGCUUUGGAUAUUCAUGACCUACAAAUGCAUCUCAUCAGUUGGCACGAAUACUUCGACUACAAAGUAACAAAUAAGGGUAUCGACGAAGAUGGUGUGGAGCACUGGCGGUUCCAAAGUGAGGUGGCAGAUCACAGAGCAGACCAAAGACAAAGGGCGAGCUAUCAUGCCGAUAAACCGUGUAAUGUACAGGUCAUCGCACCAGCUCAACCGUUCGAUAAACGGCGGUUUCUGAAGGGAGACGACAGAUUUCAACGAGAAGCUAGAGUGGAGAAAACGAAACCUUCACCCAGUGUCUCUGUAGCACCAAUAUCUACGUCCAGAACACGGAAGACACCAGACGAAGUACAAAGCAGACCUCGAAGAAGGAAGAAGAAAUUCCCAGUACCAGAACCGCCGAAGGGAGUCACAUUCUUCAGAUCGUUCUCCAAGAGGCCACUCGAACCAGGGGAAGAGAUCAGUGAGAGCGAUGACGAACUAGAUAAGGAGUGGAUGACCCAGCUAAAACAUGCCGAAUUUGAAAAGGACAAGAUCCCAGAAGCCGUUAGUCGAUUUCUGAAGAUAUUCGAUGCUUUCAUGCAUGACGAACAUCUACAUUCCAUAUUCCACAUGGGAGAAGCCAUCAUACGAUUCGCGCGGCAACACGGGAGUACAAUGUGGCAAGACACCACCAUGAGCGAAUUCACAAUAAAGCUCGACGAACUACUGGAAGACGACAUCAUCACCAAGGACGUGCAUGCCGCGGCAUUCGAAAUCGUCGAAGCCCAAAAGCCCAACACAGACGCAAACCAACUCUCCCAACGACUAUCCGAACUAGACGUCCAACAGCAAAAAAGACCAAAACUAGACAGAAAGGGCAAAGGCAGAGCCAUCCUUACAGAGACCGGUCAUAUCACCCCCAUCACGGUAGCUGCUGACUCGGACGGCGAUAUAGACAUGGGGGAACCCUCGCCACGCAUACCAUCCGCAAAACACGGAGAUGAAGACACGGACCCCCCAUACGACGAAUGCUACUGCGGCGAAGAUGCAUCAGCAACGCCAGGCGCAUCAGGCAUCAUCGCCUGUAUCAACGUUGACUGCAUACGCCGCCACUUUCACAUCUCCUGCAUUGAACACCGCAGCAAACCACCACCACAGCCACAGUCACAAUCGUGCUUACCCCCCUCAAGCACCGCACCCCGCAUCAAACCAAGAUCCUGGAUGUGCGACGAGUGCAAAGUUUCUUCCAGCGUGUCGAGUUAG